AUGAGGGUGUCAGAAGAAUGUGACAGGAGACAUGCGGCAAGUGCAGCGUUCAACCGUUUCUCUCAGGGCAAGCGACACCUCCUGGUGGGGGACUUCAAAUCUGCUGUCACUGCCUUCAAGGAGGCAACAGAGUCCCUGGUGGAGCUGUAUGGGGAGCAGGCGGCGGAGUGUGGUGACGCGUACCACCACUAUGGCCGUGCAUUGCUGGAGCUGGCACGCAAGGAGGCAGGGGUGCUGGGGCCAGAUCUGGAUGGUGCCAGUAGUCAGGAGGGAAGCACAGGGAAGGAGGAGGAUGAGGAGGAAGAGAGUGAAGAGUCACAAGAGGAGGAGGAAGGUGGAAAGAAAGAGGAAGGAGAGGAGGAGGAGGAGGAGGAGGAAGAUGGAGAAGGAAAGGAGAAAGAUAAGAAGGAAGGAAAUGCCGCAGAAGGAGAAGGUCAGCUGGUCGUCCACCGUGACUCCGAGAAGCUUGGCACAUUGGACCACCUGGAGGGGGUGAGGGCCCACUGUGAGCCGGGGAGGGGGCACUGGUACAGAGGAGGUACAGAAAUGCAUCACCACAGUUUUGCUGUGGUUGAUGGUCAUCCUGCUCUCCUCUGUCCACGUCUGCAGUCGCUCCAGAAUUGCUUGCAGUGGCGAGUAGUCCGGGUUCUUGUUGGAAACUGGGACGCCCACGGUGCAGUCGUCCACAUACUUCCAGCGAUGGGGGGUGUCGGUGAGAAUACUGAGGAAGAGGAAGAGGUGACCACCCUACAGUGUGCCUGGGAGUGGCUGGAUGUGGCUCGGGUCAUCUUUGACAAGCAAGAGGAGACGCCAGAGGUGGUGAAGAAGAGAGCACAAAUACGCCUGAGUCUGGGUGAAGUCUGCAUGGAGAGUGAGGACUAUGAGGGAGCCAUCAAUGAGUUUAAGCAAUGCCUUCAGAUGCAGGAGUCAGCGUUGGAGAAGGAUGACCGCUCCCUGGCAGAGAGACACUAUCAGCUGGGCUUGGUGUACACUGGCCGCCAAUGAAAGCGGCGCGUGUUAUUUUUGUGUUAGUGGCGCGUGUUGUUUUUGUGUUUUUUCGUACCAUGCAUACCAUUAAAUUUGCCUUAAUCA